AUGAUGCGAUCUCCUCGUGACGAUGCUGUGAACCCAUCGAUGAUGCAGGUGUCAAGAUAUGACAUGUCGUCGAAUGGGCGCGCCGCCGAAGAAGCCAACGCCGGCUCCGAUCCACACUCUAAUAGUCAUUCGCAUGGAGUCACUGACUCCAAAGGUACACACCUGUAUGCUGUACUAGGUGUGGAUAAGAAAGCUAGCGAUGAGGAGAUCAAGAAAGCUUACCGGAAGUUAGCACUCAAAUAUCAUCCAGAUAAGAACCUCGAUGGUGACCCGGAAAAAACGGAAAAGUUCAAAGAAAUCAAUUAUGCUAACGGCGUCCUCUCCAAUCCUAAUAAACGAAAAAUCUAUGAUGAAAUGGGCGAAACAGGUCUCAAGCUCAUGGAACAGUUUGGAGAGGACGAAAAAGUUUUACAGUGGAUGCUCAAACCUUGGUUCAAAUGGGUUUUCUUCGGUUUUGGAUUGCUCACAUGUGGAUUCUUCUGCUGUUGCUGCGGGUGCAUGUGCUGUUGUAAAUGCUGUUGUAAUUUCUGCUGUGGUAGAUACGUACCAAAAGAAGACAUGGACUUUGGACCUCCUGACUUCGAUGAAGGUGAUUCUGCUGAAGCGGAUGCAACAGCGCGCACUGCAGAAGCUGGCGAAGACAGUCCAGUCAUAACUUCACAGCCAACGGGUGACACAACCACCAGAACGUCGCCACCUUCACCACGAGGGCCAAACGGCGAGCAACCAACGAGGCCAACUGUUAUUGCUAUGCCUCCACCUCCAGGUUACGGGUCAACAGAGAACGGAUCGUAAGUAGCAAGUUCUCAUGAUUGGAUUUGAUGUCCAUCCUAAUCCAUUCUUCACUGAAUGUAUACAUUUGAUGUGAUAUGAUAUGGUUGUUGACUUUUUAUAGUUAGUAGCACGUCUACUACUACCUUUUGAGUCUUUUUCCUUUGAUAUCACUGAUAUAUUCGCAGAAAUUCCGAGGUGCUCAUCACCAUUUCGACAGUUUUACACCCUUCACUUCCUUCUAGCAAUAUUAAUGUGCAGUUUGUCUCUUUUCUUGGUGAUCCUCUUCAUAGAUUAGAUUCAAAACCUUGGUUGGGACUAGGUCAACAUAUUUACUAUUUAUUUCCCGUGUGAUUUGCAUUUUUCAUGUCCAUUGUUGACAAUCGUUCCCUGUCCACGCUUGCUACAUUUCGCGGCUUUCACUGUCAGUUUGAUUGAAACAUUUGAGGUUAUUCCUUUCCAGCAUCUUUACCAAUUUUUACUAUUGUAAAGAUUUGCUUUGCUCAGACACUUCAGCUCAGAUUUGCUCCUUUCUACUCCUUUGUAGAGUUUAUCUUCUAACAUGACUUGCUUUAACACUGGUCAUACGAUUUUUGUUGUGAAUUAGAUUAGAACUCUAUCAGCUUAGGACUCGCCAUUCUGUUUGCAGCGCACAUCUUAUUAUUGUAUGUAUUUAUCUCAAGAAGAUAUUGCUGUUGGUGUGGCAACAUUUCCAUAUCCUGGUUGCGAUGUUUUGUGAUGCUAAACCUCAUAGCGCCUUAAUUUGCGAAGUUUUUACAUUUCACAUUGUUAAAGUGAUAAAAAUUUUGUCGAG